AUUGACCGUGUAAACGUUAAAAACACGUCAAAGUUAAGACACAACAUAAGUCGUCCAUAGAGUCAUCUCCUCCCUAUCUCCUCUAUUUCUAUAUGAAUGCUUGAACUGUAAUCAAAAGUGAUUCACUCAGUAUUAUUAAGAUGGCGGCCUCUAUACUCUCAUCCAUCGUUUUCUUUCUUCUUUUCGUCAUAUUUUCACUUCUUACUGAUGAAAAAGCUUUUGCUGCCCAUAUGGAACACCGAAAAUUAAGUGUAUCACAAGAGAUAAUGACCACGAGAAGGAACUUGCAAGGCAAUGGAGGCGCCAAAAUUGGAGCUCAUCCGAGUAAGUCGGAUAAGGCUGGAUCAAAAACUCAAGAUGAGCCGUCCAAAACCCAUCCUGAUCAAGCGAAGCCCCAAGAGAACGAAAAUAUUACUCCCCGAACCUAUAUGACAUGCACCAGCUGGGACAACUGUACGUAUACGCCUAUAAGCCCUUAAGCUAAGGCACACGCGGGACUUGUCAAUAAAUUGGUUAUAACUCCGGGUUUAGUACGUUGUGGUGGGGUUUUCUAUUUCUGUGGUAUUUCAUUCUAUUAUUUGACGGAAUAAGUGAUUCUUUGCUUUUUUUUAUUAAACCGGAAUAAGUAAUUCUAAGAUUGAUGUAUGAAAACAAAAAAAAAAAAUCUGAGAUUCUAGAUAAUUUUCAGUUAUUUAUCAUAUCCUUUGUAUUUUAUCAUCAUAUUUCUUGAUUUAUAUACCUAUAAAAAGACUUCAAAAACACACAUGAUAUUUUACAAGCUAUAAAAUUUAAGAUUCAACAUGGAAACUUGUCGCCCAAGCAAGUAUUUACCAUCUCUGGAAGCAGAUAUACAUACGGACAGAGACCUUGUUCCGAGGUUUGGACAGAGACAUCCACAGCAUCAUCUCAUCUCCCAGACAUCGGAAGCACCGUGGCAAGCUUAUGCAGCUGUGGAUUGACUAAAGUGCGUCAACUUUCCAAAUAUAUAUUUGUUACCUUUUUUUUAUUUAAUUUUUUUCAAGAUAUCAAUUUCUUAAAUUCUGCUCUUUGUAAAUCCUAAACCUUCAUUUUAU